GGCGCUCGGUUGUUGCCUGGUUGUUGCUGUUGCUGCUGUUGUUAUUGUGGGGAUUGCGGGGGAUGGGGAUUCACCUUCGUUUUCUCACCUCCGUCACCUCCUCCCUGCUACGAGGCCUGGCUGUGGCUGCCGAGAGGAAAGGGAGCAGUGAGUUCCCUUCAGGGUAGAAACGCCCCCACCCCAGCUGUCGCUAUGGCAACGCCCCCUCAGGGAAAGAAUCUUAUCUAAAGGCAACCCGUUCAUAUGUUGCAAGAGUUGUCGUAUCUUCUAUCCAUUGAUCAAAGGGCGUGUAGAAAAUCUAGGGUGAGGAUACCAGGCUGCUUAACCCAUAUAAUCCCCACCCCCAAGAAUCCUUGGAACUCCAGCCUACAGCCAUGGCUAUCCUGUUUGCUGUUGUAGCCAGGGGCUCCACGAUCCUGGCCAAACACGCUUGGUGUGGAGGAAACUUCCUGGAGGUGACGGAGCAGAUCCUGGCUAAAAUACCCUCUGAGAACAACAAACUCACCUACUCCCAUGGAAACUAUCUGUUUCAUUACAUCUGCCAGGACCGGAUUAUAUACCUCUGCAUCACUGAUGAUGACUUCGAGCGCUCCAGAGCUUUCACGUUCCUGAAUGAAAUCAAGAAGCGGUUUCAGACCACCUAUGGCUCCCGUGCACAAACAGCUCUGCCAUACGCCAUGAACAGCGAGUUUUCCAGUGUUCUGGCUGCACAGCUGAAGUACCACUCAGAGAACAAGGGCCCUGACCAGGUGGCAGAGACACAGGCCCAGGUGGACGAGCUGAAAGGGAUCAUGGUCCGCAACAUAGAUCUGGUGGCUCAAAGGGGAGAAAAGCUGGAGUUGCUGAUAGACAAAACUGAAAAUCUUGUGGAUUCGUCCGUCACUUUCAAAACAACCAGCAGAAACCUGGCUAGAGCGAUGUGCAUGAAGAACCUCAAGCUCACCAUCAUAAUCACCAUAGUAUCCAUUGUCAUAAUUUACAUCAUUGUGUCAGCUGCUUGUGGUGGGCUCUCGUGGCCUUGUGUCCACUAGUAGCUGUUGGAACACGUCUACAUGAGAGCACACGUGAGCAAGAAUUUCUGAAGGAACGACCCUCAUAAAACAAACAUGGACCUCCUUGCUCUUCAUCCUUCCAGGACGCUCAGGUCUUUUUGCCUUAUCACCCCAAAAGGGCCUGUGUGGGACCCCAAGCCAGAGGGAGGCAUCUUUCUUUUAAACCUACCUACUUGAAGGGAGUUUUGUCUUUUAACUGCAAGGCUUCCCAAGAGGAAAGUGGUUGACAUUGGGAGGGUCUAAACAUACUUCUGUAUUACCAUGCUUUGCACUUUACUGUCCUGAUUCCUGGGAGGAGGGGAGAGCUGAUGGUCAUUUGUCCUGUUCAUCCUUUGGCCCUUGAGGGGGCAAUGUGGGUGGGACCACCGAAGCCAAUGGGUUCCUGUUUACAUACCGUAGCCCAGAUGCAUGUGAUCAGCUCCUCCCACAAUUGCUUUCCCAGUGGUGCCUUUCCUAAACUCAUGUCAGGCUGUGACUUGUCCUUGGAGGAGCCUCCUGUGGCCACCUGAUGUGCACACCGGUGGGCUCUGCUUUGUGACUUGGGUGAUUGCCAAGUGUGUAAUGUUUCGAUGUUGCUGUAAUGUAUCUGCUCUGUGUAGUUUUAAGUGUUUUUCUCCUGCCUGGUUUGGAAUGUUUUCAGUCUGGAAAAAGUGCUUGGGCUCAGAAUCCACCUGCAGGGUCAGUGAGAAGGGGCUAAAAUAUUGCUCCAGUGAACAAAGCCCUGCAAAAGAGCACUUGCACCAUGCACAACAUAGGCUAUUAGUCAACUUGAUUCUGAAUGGGGGUGGGGUGGGGAGGGUGCUUAACAGGCAAUGAGUAAAGUCAGAUGACAGGCCAGAAAACAACAGAGAUCCUCAUCUGCUGAUCUGGGGGAGGGGCAGGGAGAAGGCUGAAAAGGACUGCUUAAGGCUUACUCAAAAAAUUCCCAUGGAAUCAGCCCAUCAAGUACUUUCUCCCCCCCCCCCCAAACUUCUGUCAUGCAUUGCCCUAAUUACAUACAGGAGUUUCACAUCAUUGUAAGCUGCUGGUAGAUUGCACAAAUGCAAUUGGAUGCCAUUUCAAAGCUUGUAUGCAUGCUGAGCGCACUCCUGGACACUUGGGAGUGAUUUUUUGUGGCAGACUCUACCCGGGAGCUAAAGCUUCUAUGGGAUGUUGCACUAAAAAUAAAGGGCUGCUGUUUGAAAUGUUGGUGGGCAAGGCAAGAUUGCAGUCCCAAUGGGAUACUGUACAUAUGUUGCCCCAAGACCUCAAACUGACAAGAUACUUUGGCUGACUUCAUCCUUGUGUGUUGGGAGUAUAGGGCAAGAACAAAUUAUAUGGGAAAUGAACACUGAUUUGUGCCGGUUACAGCAGUCAUAGGACAUUUAAAGCCCCCCCCCCCCCGGUUUAUAUGCUACUGAAGAACUGAGGCAACUCCCUAAAGUAGGGUGGCACUUUGCCACUCUCCCUGUGCUGUUCUUUUACUAAUGCUUUUUUCUGUAAUGAGGUAAUUUUCAACAGCAACAUAGGUGAGUGUUGCAGAAGUUGGGCUAUCCUGGGCAUGUCCUCACUUGCCAGGGCCUGCUAUCUGAGAAGGGCUCCCCUAAUAUUUUUUCCAGGCACAUGUCAAUGUUCACUUAAUUGUGCAUGUCUUAGAAAUAGUUGGUAGCAGCUAAUUUUCUCUUAUUUUUAUUGCCUUUAUGUAAAACCUUUAAGAGAAACAGCUUCUUCCUAUUUAAAAAAUACACUGAUGCAUUGUAAAAUAAAGUUAAUCUGUUUGAAUAAACAUAUUGUACAAAUAAUUGAUGUGAACCUUUGUGGGGGAGCGUACUGCUUUUCUUGAAUGACAUUAAAAUUUUAGAAAUGUAACAUGGGAUCAUCUCAGCUAUAGGUAGUGCAUUGAGAAAGGGACUGUGUAUGGUAGAUAUAUGUGGAAGUCACACAGUAUGUUAAAACGCUUCUGAGGAACUUUCACUGUAUUCUGCAAGAUGCUUGCUUUAAAAAGGAAAGUGGCCUGUAAAUUACUGAAGCACACACCAAUGCAUGGUCAAAUAACCUUCAAACUGUCACACUUCAAUUUUAAAACUUAUCACUGCAAAAGUAGCUUUUGUGAGGAGGGGAGAUUUUACUACUUCUAGCUUAAUUCCAGUUACUUUAACAACGACAUUCUUAGUAGUGAUCCUAUGCCCUUAUAAUUGUUAUUCCAUUAUCACAUGAAGACAUACCUCUUUGCCUAGGCCUUAGAAGGGUUGAGGUACAUGUACAGUUGGAAUCAUAACUUAGCAGUUGGAAGGGACCCUGAGGGUAAUCUAGUCAAACCCCCUUCAAUGCUGGAAUCUCCACUAAAGCAUACCUUCUGUAUCUCUCUGCCUUGAGACUUCAUGAAAGUUAGAAUAUAAAGAACAUACUGCACAAGCUGGCAGUGUUGUAGAACUAUAUUGUAGGUCUGCUUCUCCAAUUGGAAUGUGCAUCUGUGAUGUGUUGCGCCUCACCCUCAAAUGUCUGGAUUGACGGUAUAUUAAGCUUAGUCUAGAUCUUGCUUUUGGCAAUACAAUAGCUGAAAACAGAUUUAUUUUUAUAAAUGGGCAGUCACUAGUACUUAAGUUGGCAUGCUCUUCUACCUUUGAGCAUUGUUUUGUAUGAAUACAUCCUCUUUUGUUAUUUUUGUUACAUUAGGCUAAGUCCAGCUUUAUUUACAAGCAUGACUGUCCGUUCCACUCUUCUGCUUAUUAUUAGUUAGCUCUUAGGUGCAAGAUACUGUUAAUUACUGGUUCAGGUUUAUUACCAACAAGGCCAUCCCACUUAAAUGCUAAAUUUAAAUAGUGAGUUCAGCUGCUGCCAUUUCAGUGACACCAUUAAUAUACAAAUACUGAAGUAAAAGCUUUCAUUAUUUGAGGGCAAUAUUCCUCCUGCAGAAUACCUACAUAUAAUUAACUUCCCCACAGACUUACACCAAAUGCAGGUCUUUUCCUGGGAAUUCAUAGGGGAAGGGUUUUUUGUUUUGUUUUACAAAAGAAACCAUACAGCCCCACUCUGUGCACAUACCCUUUUGAAAAAGAACUUUAGCCCCUUCACAUUUAUUAACUACAAUAUCAAGUCACAUUGGUGGCAGGAACUAGGAGUGGCAGGCCAGUUUGCAUUCCCAGGUAUGAUUGUGUUGUAUUUAUAGCAGGCACCAGCAGGCACUGAUUUAGCUGAAAAUUCAAUUUCCUUCAUUAAAAACAGUAAAAUAUAAAGAGUUGUACAAAAAGCAGAAAAGGAGGGUUUUAGUAUCUGAUAUGAGAAACAUCAAGCACUUGUUCUGCUUUCAGAUGUGGUAAUACCUACACUAGAUUACUGCAGCACAUUAUGUGGGGCUGCCUCUGAAGACAGUAAGAAACUUCAGCUGGUGCAGAAUUCAAGGGCAAGGUAGCUUGAGCAUAUUAUACCAAUCGUGGCCCGACUGCACUGGCUGCCAAUUAGUUUCCAUGUUCAAUUCAAACUGCUGGGUUUGUCCUAGAAAGUUUUGGACCACCUCUUCCCAUAUACUCCAACCCAGACUCUGCAAUCGUCAGAGGUCCUUAUUUGUGUGUUUCCUCCACAAGAGUUCCAGAGGGCGGCAACAUGAAAACAGGCCUUUUCUGCAGUGGUUUCCCACUUAUGCAAUGCUUUCUCCACAGAGUCUUGUCUAGCACCUUCAAUACAUAUCUUUAGGUGCUAAGCAAAAACCCUUUUCUAGA